ACACAUCAAACAUUUGUCCUAUUGAGUUUCUCCAUGCUGGCUGGCCAGAAAUAAAACAAGACAUCCACAACCACACACGUCGUACAUUGUAUUCUCAAGCCUUCAUUCUCCUCUUCCUUGUUUUCACACACUUCUUCCCUUCUCACAAUGGCUCAGCAGAAGGUGGUUUUAAAGGUUCUUACUAUGACAGAUGACAAAACAAAGAAGAAAUCAAUAGAAGCAGUUGCAGAUAUCUAUGGAGUUGAUUCAAUCGAGACAGAUGUUAAUGAACAGAAGUUAACAGUGAUUGGUGAAAUGGAUACAGUGGCAGUAGUGAAGAAGCUGAAGAAAGUGGGGAAGGUAGAUAUAGUAUCAGUUGGACCUGCCAUAGAAGAGAAGAAAGAAGAGAAGAAAGAAGAAAAGGAAGAGAAAAAAGAAGAGAAACCAGAGGAGAAAAAAUGAAGACAAUACACAUCAUUGGAUUUUCAAAUUCUCUCUCUUUACAUUCCUGAAGGAGCUAAUGACUUCUGAAUGAGAUAAUAUAUCUAUGCAUUUGAUUCAUGCUUGUAAAGAAUGAUAUGAUAUAACUACAUGCAAAGAAUGAUAUGAUA